UAAAAGUACGAGUAUCCAUAGUAGUGUCACAUCGUGAUUAUUACAGUACUGUGACAGACGUUUCAAGAUCCACUGUCGUGCAGACGUAUUUUUGUUUGAUCUUCGGUAAAGAAUAGAGAGUGGAAAUAGCAACAGUGGCAAAUAUAGGGACAGCAAGUGUGAAGAUCCUGAAACAUGAAUACGAUCAAUAGAGAAAGGAAUGAAAAUGCGAUCAAUAAAGGGUUGAAUAAGUUGAAUACUCUCAAAGAAUUCUACGUCGGUAGUGGGAUUCUUCUAACUGGAGCAACCGGUUUCGUUGGAAAAGCUGUCCUGGAAAAACUGAUCCGCAUGUGUCCUCGCAUCGCUGCCAUUUUUAUACUACUUCGUCCAAAAACGGACGAAACGAUAGAACAACGAUUUAAGAAGCUCAUAGACGAUCCUAUCUAUGAUGACAUCAAAGCAAAACACCCCUCGACUUUGAGCAGAGUUUAUCCCAUGAGAGGUGAUUUGAGUCUGCCGGAUUUAGGUCUUUCGCGAGAAGAUAGAAAUCUGCUGUUAGAGAAAGUAAACAUAGUGUUUCACGCCGCGGCCACUGUGAUAUUUAACGAGCCGUUACAGGUGACCAUUAAUGUGAAUACGAAAGGUACUGUUCGUGUCAUCGAUCUUUGGAACGAACUAAAGCAUCCAAUUAGCUUCGUCCACGUUAGCACAGCUUUUAGUAAUGCGAAUCUACACGAGAUUGGGGAAAGAGUUUAUACCACGAGCUUGAAACCUUCGGAAGUAAUAGAUAUGUGUAACAAAUUCGACAAAACGUCGAUCAACGAAAUAGAAAAAAAGAUUUUAAAAACUUAUCCAAACACAUACACAUUCAGUAAGAAUUUAGCAGAGCAAAUUGUAGCAAGCAAGUGCAAAGAUAUGCCAGUUGCGAUAGUUCGGCCAAGCAUAAUUGGUGCCUCGAUGGAAGAACCAUGUCCUGGUUGGAUACAGAAUAUUUCUGCAAUAACAGGUAUCAUGCUCCUAAUCGGUAGAGGAUGUGCAACAGCAAUACGCGGUAGGAGAGAUGGAAGAGUGGAUGUAGUGCCUCUCGAUUACGUAGUCGACAUGAUAAUAUGUACUGCAUGGCAUGUCACGCUACAUCCUAAGCACGAAGUUAAAGUUUACAAUUGCACGAGUAGCGCUAAUCCUAUUAGGUGGGGUGAUUUCCAACAGCUCGUGUUGAAGCAUAGCAAAGAAACGCCACUGAACGAUACGUUAUGGUACCCGGGUUGUCCAAUGAUAGCUAAUAAAUAUAUUUUUAACGUUCUGAGUGUAAUUCCGUAUGUUUUGCCUGCGUUCAUCAUAGAUAUCUUUUUAAGACUCCGAGGUAGUAAACCAAUAAUGAUGAAACUUCUAAAAUCUAGCUACAAAUUGUUCACAUCAGUAUCACAUUUCACCAUGAACGAAUGGACUUUUCAAAGGGAUAACUGUUCCGACUUGGCGAGGAAGGUGAAAAUGCUACACGACAGCGAUAUGGUCAAACUAGAUUUACGGGAUAUGAAAUGGGAGAAGUAUAUUGUAAUUUACCUGAUGGGUAUCAGGAAAUUUAUUCUAAAACAAGAGUUUCAGCCAACAGCCCGACAACGAUUAUCAAGGUUGUACUGGAUACAUCAGAUCACCAAAAUAUCCGGCAUAAUUAGUUUGUUAUGGAUAAUAUUAUAUUUUGUAUACUGACUACUUGAACGGUAUUUUUUUAUCUUUGAACCAAAGACUAUAUAAAUUCAAUUUUACGAAGAA